GUAGACAUGUCAAGAACAAAAUUCCUACUUAAACUCCUCCUGAAUGUUCUACUGACAAAAAAACAUCACCUGCAUUUCUGGCCUAAGGUUACAGUGGUUGAAUAUUGAACAGUGGCAUCUACUGUACAGAUCUGAUGACCUGUUGAUGCGUCUCAGCAUGAUCUUAUCUCUCCUGCAUAACUGCUUGCUUAAAACCCAGUCCACAUUUUCUCCCAGUUUCCACAUUCCUCAAGGACCCCUCUGUUGCAGUGCCAGAGGGGGAGGCGUCCACAACACUGCCUGAUGGGAAAUGGUCCAGGCCUUCCUGCACUGAGCUGCAGAUAACAACUUACUGUUCAGAGAGCUCAGCCUGAGGUCUUCAGAGAUGCUGAGCUGCUGGACGAGAGCCAGAUGCUCAGUCAAAGCCACUCCAGCUUGACAGAGGGUUUCAGCUUGGAUGACUUGCUGGAAAGAGCCUUGAGGAGCUCCAGGAUUAACUGUCUGCUCCUGUAGAUUCUCCAAUAUCAUCUUCAUCAUCAGCAGCAUCAUCGUCAUCUGGCUUGAUUUUUACCCUGCAGUUCUUAUGCAGACAUCCAGGUGUGGGUGUGGAUCAGGAUCACACAGUUACUAUGGUGCAACACCUGAGUCACAGUGACAGAGGAAGGUCUUUUCCAGCACAGGUCUCCUCAUAAACAACUGCACACACUCUUCAAAACAGUCUCUUCAACAACACACACACACGUUCAUCUCUCAGCUCUCAACAAGAUCUGUGCCCAUCAUGCCCAGUAAACUGGAGGGAGCAAUGGAUGCGCUGAUCACCGUCUUCCACAACUACUCCGGCAGUGAAGGAGACAAAUACAAACUGAGCAAAGGAGAGCUGAAGGAGCUUCUCAACACUGAACUCACCGACUUCCUCAUGUCUCAGAAAGACCCGAUGCUGGUGGAGAAGAUCAUGAACGAUCUGGACUCCAACAAGGACAACGAGGUGGACUUUAAUGAGUUUGUGGUUCUGGUGGCGGCGCUGACUGUGGCCUGCAAUGACUUCUUCCAGGAACAGCAAAAGAAAAAGAGCAAAUAAAACAAACACAAGAAAUACCAGUAAUGCUCUAUGACGCAUUAAACCAUCUCAGCAGUCCUUCUGUUCCUCAACAUUCAUCUGCAUGUUUGUAUUUAAACUAUUUAAAGUGACAGUUUUCUCACAUUAAUGUAUUUAUCAUAAACUGAGUGCUGGAUCUUAAUAGUUUGUAGUU